AUGGAUCAUUGGGUGGGGCGAAUCGAAACGGUCUCGCACAGUGUGAGCGCCGUGGAUGCCGCUGUUGGGGGCGUUAUACAGGAGCUUCUGGUCGUCGCGGAACAGUAUAUGGCCGAGGUGUCUCAGGUAGAGGCGGUGGGUAGAACCAUCCGUCAGGGCAUUGCAAACUCCUCUGCCGCCGUCGUGAGCUGUCUCAUGGACCUUGCCACAAUGAGCACGGCGAUGAAGGACGCCAUGGAUGCCAACCCAAGAGAGGCGCAUGGCUUGGUGAUGAAUCUCUUUGGUGUUUUUGUAAAACAGCUCACGACCUACUACAAGGAAACCUACGAAAUUCUUAGGAUAGCAGGAGUGACGCUGCACCAGCAGCAAAUUCUCUGUUGGAGUAAACGAGGCGAAAUGGAUAACGUUACUAGUACAAAUAGCAAUUUAAAUAUUGUGCCAGAUGCGCAACCUUCGCUUGCCGGUGUGUCCCUUGUGGCAUCCAAUGCCCUUAAAGAGACGAAGAAGAAACAUGCCGAUGGAAUGGAAAACAAAGCACGUGAUUCCAGCAAAGACAAUUCUGUGCUUCUCCACAGUGAACCAAAGCAGAAGCAACAAGAAGAAGAGAAGCUGGGGAAUAAGAAGGGUGACAGAGACACCGCAAUUGAGCAUGCAUUUUCACCAACGUUUGCCACAGAAACUGAGGAGAAACGGAACUAUAAUCAGGGAGAUAGUCACAAGGAAAUACCAUCUUUAACGAGGGAUGCAGUAUUGGCUGUAAGGGAGCCAACGUACCUCCACGUGGCCUCAACUGUAGAAGACGCCCUUGGCCGUUUGGUGUUAUCUAGCAGGCCAAGUGUUUUUACAGCUCCCGAAUUGAUUGAGCGUCGGCCACCCAUAGCGACGUAUUACAUUAAACUUCCAGAUCCUGGCUCGUUGGGGUCGCUGUUACUCUCCAAUUAUAUUGCGUUAGGGGAUGAUAUGCAGGCAGAGUUGAUGUGUGACAUUCUUCAAACCGAUUGUGUGGAAGUGGAACCAUUUGAGUCGCCUGCCAGCGAAAUUGUUAUAGAGGAUCCGUUGGACCUUCACGAAUUGUCUGCUUGUGGCUGGCGUGUAGGGUCUAGCGAGGACCAUCAGCAAGUGCUAUACACCUUGUAUGUAUUGAUAAGUCGCGGAGAAAAAAUGUCACGCUCCCUACUGAUUCAGGAAUCUCUCGUGAUUAAUGCGGAACGGGAAGAGGUAAUGCAUGAGAUCACCCCACUUCCAGAUGCACCACACAUUGCCAAGGUGACAGUGCGCGGCUUUGACCCCUCAGCUUGGAGCGCCUCACCCAGUAAAAGGUACACGAGUGAACGCGUAUUGGCCAUCGUAAAUAUUACCAAAAACACCUACGAGAGGAAUGGUUUUGUGGAGAUCAAGAAAGAAGAGGUAGAUGCGGCGGUGCAGCAACUCCACACUCAUGAGCGGCAGUUACCGCGAGAAGACGAGCUACUGACCAAACCCAAUACCGCCGUGGCGACGACGGCAGCAGCGUUUAAAGGUACAGUUGAGUUGGCGUCACUUGAACAGCCUGGAGAGGGGGAGGGAUGGGGACUGAGCGACGUUGCAAAAGGGGCCGUGCGGGGAGCUGCCGCAGUUAUGUUGGCCCCUGUCUCUGUGGGCAAAGUUGUUGGGAACGCCGUGCUUGAUGCUUCGGGUGUAACCGGUGCCAUUAAACAACAAGUGGAAGGUCUUUUUCGCAAGUCCUUUCCAAAUCUGGCCUCAGAAGAGAUUAUUGAAACGUUCAUAUGUGCUCUUGUAGACGAAGGCAACCCAUUACCAAAGCAAGGCUUCGUCUUCAUUACACCACGCUGGCUUUGUUUUCGGGCUGAUUUCUGGAGUGCCAACUUUAGCUUGGAAUGGGAUGAGAUCAGGGAUAUUAAAAAGCAGAGAACGGCAAAGUUGCUAGAAAACGCAAUUGAUAUACACACUCAUUUGGGUGGGACGUACUUUUUAACAUCCUUUGUCCAACGAGACCAGGCUUAUAGUGCCAUGAUGAAACAAUGGCUGAGAAAGUAG